AUGAGGUUCUGUAAUUGUCGUUAUGUUAUUGCAUUAAUGGGAUUUAUCAACCUUGUUCUGGUUUACAUGAUGAGAGUCGACCUAAAUGUUACAAUACUCGCUAUGGUUAAUGAUACUGUUGACAAAAGUCCCACAAAUGAUACUUCAUUUGUUUGUGCUAACGUCUCCAAUAAUUUAAUUGGUAUGAAAACCGAGAGUAAUACCGUAGAGUUCAACUGGAAUAGACUGACUCAAGGAUUGAUACUAGGAGCGUUUUUCUGGGGCUAUAUUUUAACUCAAAUACCAGGUGGCAUCUUGGCGUUUCGUUUUGGUCCUAAAUGGGUUAUCUUUUCAAGUUUAUUCGGAUGUGCUAUAACAGAAUUUUGUUUACCUAGUGCAGCACGUAUUCGUGCUGAAUUGUUAAUUGCUUUACGUGUAAUACAAGGUCUUCUUCAGGGUGUAGUAAUGCCGAAUAUAGGCUGUUUAAUUGGUAAUUGGUCACCGCCAAAUGAAAAAAGUCGAUUUACUGCAUUUGUUUUCUCAGGUUUAAUAUUUGGCGCUGUUAUUGGCCAAUCUUUGGCCGGUGUAAUUUCACAACCAAGAUUAAUUCAUUCUACUGAUUCAACAACUUAUGUUUCCUAUUGGCCUUAUGUUCAUUAUACUAAUGGUGUAAUUGCUGUAAUCUUCUCCGUAAUAUGGAUUCUUUUAGUAUUCAAUAGUCCUAGUCAACAUCCAUGGAUUAGUGAAAGUGAAAAACAAUAUCUGUUAUCAUCAUCAAUAAAUAAUUAUUCAAAAAAGGAUAAACAGUCAGAAAGAAUGACAAAUGGUAGCACGAAUCCGGCUGACUCUACAAGUUUAGAUAAUAUUUCAGUUGAAUCAAGGGUUUUACAAAAAAAUCCAGUCCCAUGGCGGCAGAUAUUUCAAUCAGGUCCAGUUUGGUCAAUUCUCAUUUGUCAUGUUUGUUUUAACUGGUCGUUUUAUUCGUUAGUAACAUCUAUGCCUACUUAUUUGUUUCGCGUUCUUGGAUUCAGUAUGACUGAAAAUGGUCUCUUGUCAUCGAUUCCGUAUAUUACACAAUCGAUUGUUAGUUUACUUGUUGCCUAUGUAUCCGAUUUUCUAAUUGUUAAACAAUUUCUACCCACCACUUGGAUACGUAAAUUCAAUAAUAUUAUCGCUCUAGGUGGCCUUGGUUUAAGCUUAAUCUGUGUCAGUCUAGUUGGAUGUAAUCGAACAGCUGCGGUUACUUUAUUCUCUGUUACAGUUGGUUUAAUGGGAUUUUCUUUAGCUGGCUAUGGAUCAAAUGCAUUGGAUUUAGCGCCACUUUACAAUGGCAAUAUAAUUUCAAUAACCAAUACUGCUGGUACUCUACCAGGUAUAUUUGGACCACUUGUAGUCGGUUAUGUAACAAAAAAUAGUUCAAGUAUUCAGAAUUGGAUGAUUGUUUUUUCUAUAGCAGCAGGAAUAGCAUGGUUUGGUGCGCUAAUGAAUUUAUGGUUGACAAGCGGUGAAAUUCAACCAUGGGGUCGAUUAAUUUACACAAAAAACAUGAAUAACAAUCAUAAUAAUAAUAAUAAUAAUAGUAAUCAUUUAUUGAAUGGAAAAUCUUUAGUAACUAUUUUUACUUCACAACCAUGUCAAAAUAUUGUUGUCAGUAAUAGUGAAGACCAAUGAUGAUGAUAUAUGGAUGAAUUUUGAUGCUGAAUUACUAUUCGUUAAACAUUGUUUGUUCAAUUGGUUCUAUUUCAAGAACUAUGUUCAUUUCUGAUUAGCUUUUUUUCAAAAUUAUCGAUAAAUUAACAUGAAAAAAAAAUUUGAUCCCAAUUAUUGUUCUUGUUUUUCUUUUUUGUGCAUUAUUAUUCUCAAUCUUUUGAACAGUUCGAUUUGUUAUGAAUUAUUGGUACAGAUUCACCCUUUUUUUUGCUUAUAUCAUACUUUGAUAUUGAUAAAUAAUCAAUCAUUUUUUUAACAUGUAUAUAUACUACAUCUUAUAAGAUUUAAUUUAUUUUUCUGACAAAAAAAAAGCAAAUCAGUUAGCUAUAACUGUUAAGUUUUAGAAUCAUAAACAAAUGUUAUAUUUAAUCCCUUUAACUAUGUAUGUGAUAACAAGUGACGAGUGACAAAAAAAUUAUCCCCAUGUAAUGCCCAUAUCAACUGAUCAGAUUUAAGUUUUAUUUAUACUUAAAAAUUAUUGCAUACCUCUAUUCGUGUAUACCUUCUACCUAUUUGUUCUUGUCAUUCAAAACACAAUGUAAGCUUUUCAAAUCAUUCCUUCCAUUAAAACAUAACAUGUUUCAGUUUGUUAUAAAGGAGAUAAACUCUUAUCUAAAAUCAGAUACAAUCAUACAACUUUUUUUUAUUGUUUACUGAUUAUAAUUUUUUGAUACUUAUCAAGUUUAUGCAUUCCUUUUUUUUAAAAAAAAAUGUAGUCUUCCAGAUGAUUGAUUUUGUUGAUUAGAUCUAAUCGGAUCCGUUCUGUUUGUUUUCGUUGUCAAUUUCAAUAAUAUAUUAUGAGUCUAAUCUUUUCCUGAUUUAUAAAAAGCUUUAUUUGUACUUUUUUAUUCAUCUAUUAUAAAGUGGCUAUUUUUUGGCAAAUAUAUAUACGCAUUACGGGG